GUUUGAGGUCGUCACUGCUGAAUCUCUGGAGGAGAAGCAGAAGUGAACGAUGCCGAAGAGGACGACGCACACGUACUCGAGCGAGGACGCAUUACCGGAUGGUCCGGACUCUGAUCUCUUCGUCUAUUAUUGCAAGCACUGCGGAUCCCAUGUCCUCAUCACCGAAAAUGCCAAAAAGAAAAACUGACAGAGCAUACGUAUUGGACAAAAAGAAGCAUCUUGCAAGGCUUAACAUAAACGAGGCUGGAAAAGUUCUAUUAAAACGCGGUGAAGGGAAAUUAGAGAAGCAAUUCCGCAUGAACUGUAUGGGUUGUGGGCUGUUUGUUUGCUACCGCCCAGAAGAAGAUUUUGAAUCUGCAUCUUUCAUUUAUGUUGUUGAUGGUGCUCUUAGUACAAUUGCUGCUGAAACAAAUCCCCAGGAUGCUCCUGUGCCUCCCUGCAUAUCACAGUUAGAAGGUGGGCUUGUCCAAGUUGCAAUUGAAGUGGAAGACCGUGCACAACGAUCUGCAAUCACUAGAGUAAAUGCUGAUGAUGUUCGAGUGACUGUAGCUGCACCUGCAGCCCGUGGGGAAGCCAACAAUGAACUUCUGGAAUUCAUGGGAAAAGUGUUGGGUCUGAAACUCAGCCAGAUGACUCUUCAAAGAGGGUGGAAUAACAAAUCAAAGCUCCUUGUGGUGGAGGAUUUGACUGCUAGGCAGGUAUAUGAGAAGCUUCUAGAAGCUGUACAACCUUGAGACUUCUCGAUGUCCUGAAGUAUUUUAUGUUAAUUUUCUCGUAAGUUUCCCAUAUUAAGCCACAAACUAAACGAUUGAUUUCGUAUUGGUUCAAGUCUGAUUUUGAAUCCGUGUGGAAGUUGUAAGGAUGCCAGUUUUGCAAUUGUGUGCCUGCACGCGUUGUGAUUUUUAAUAAUGAAUUUGGGUUUGAAGAUGAUUGUGCAUGAAAUGGUAUCUGCC